AUGACGCAAAGACUGUGGUUGGCCGAGUUUAUAGAAUUAUAUAGGAAUGAACCUUGCUUAUGGCAGAAUAAAAGUAAGGAGUACCAUGACCGAGAAAGGCAAUCAGCAGCUUACAAGGUAUUAUUAGAAAAAAUUAAAGAAAUUGACUCUACGGCAACUAUAGAUACAGUGAAAAGUAAAAUUAACACACUGCGUUGCACGUUCAAAAAAGAAGUUUUGAAAGUCAAAUCGUCACAAAGAUCAGGAUCUGGCAAAGAUGAUAUUUAUAUACCAAAGUUAUGGUAUUACGAUUUACUACAAUUUCUCACCGACCAAGAAGUACCACGAUCCUCAAGAUCAAAUAUUUCCAAGGAUGACGAAGAAACAAAUGACAAUGAAGACCUAGACUCUAGACCAGGUUCAUCUUUGGCUUCAAACCACUCUAAAUCUGACACAGGAAAUUCAGCAUCAUCGUCGGCACCACCUCACCAUCCGAGACCGACAAAAAGGAAUCUCAAUCAAACUUUAACCAAUGAGGUUUUAUUAACUGUACAGGAUCAUUUUAACCGUCCUGUACAGCGGGAUGAUCGUUUCGAUAUUUUUGGGAAAAACGUGGCAAUGAAGUUGAAGUUGCGUGAUCUUCCUAAAGAACAGCGCAUUUUAGCGGAAGGUAUUAUAAACGAAGCUCUAUUCUUAGCUGAAAUGGAUAAAUUGACUAUUGACCACAAAAUAUCGGAUCGAGCAACAAUACAACAAAUAAAUUCUAACACUGCAGAAUCACAGAGCAUACUUCAGCCAUACCUUUUAGACAACAAUACAGGAGCGGUACAAAUUUCAAUCCCUGAAAUAUCUAUACCUUUACAAGAAGUAAACACUGCGGCUUCAUUUUUAUCUCAGUACAUGCAAAAUGAAUCGUAG